AUGGUCACUACAAACCAUUCGGCCUCAGGCCAAUAUCAAGAUCAUCCAGAUGCACCCCUGCCGAUCCGGGUGGAGCACUCAUCGAUCUCAUCGGAGCAGGGAUCGUCUUCAACGCAAACGAUAACGCAAGCCCAGUAUGAACAUGAUUACUGCGACAGCGCCAGUGAAGCCGAUACCGAACCGGUAUUGGCUCAAUCAGAACCCCGUCCUAUCGAGGACGACGACGAGGCCGUCGCGAUGGCUUCAAGACCCCGCCAUAAAUGGCAGAUUUGGUGGUUGCGCAAUAAAGGUAUGGGGUUGGUCUUGUUGGCGCAGGCUUUCGCUGCCUCGAUGAAUGUCAUGACGCAGGUUUUGGAGAUUCAUAGUGCUAUGCAUCCUUUCCAGAUCCUCUUCGCCCGCAUGUCCAUAACAGCGAUCGCAAGUUACCUAUACAUGUACUUCGCAUCAACACCCUCCCCACUAGGAACCCGUCCUGUCCGCGGUCUCCUCCUCCUCCGCGCCCUCUUCGGCUUCACAGGCGUCUACGCCCUCUACUACUCCGUCCAAUACCUCCCCCUCUCCGAAGCAACCGUAAUCACCUUCCUCUCCCCAAUCAUCUCCUGCUACGCCUGUUCCCUCCUCAUCCCCGGCGAGACCUUUUCUCGGAAACAGCUGUUCGCAGGCUUAGUCUCUCUCGGCGGUGUCGUGCUCAUUGCCCGUCCCUUCAGCGCACGUGCUUCACACACUGCCAUCGCAACCCCGACUGCCGCCGCUGCCUGGGCAUUAGGACUGUCUGCAUCGGAUGUCGAAAAACCACCCUCCGAAACAGAUUCCUACCACCACGUCAUGGCGACUAUUGUUGCCUUUGUCGGCGUGCUCGGUGCUUCGGGUGCGUACACUUCUAUCCGUAUGAUCGGUCGUCGUGCGCAUCCGCUGGUAUCGGUGACGUACUUCUCAUCUGUAACGACGAUUAUUUCUCUCGUUGCGAUGCUCGUCGUGCCAUCUAUACCAUUCCGGAUUCCUAAUACGGUCGUGGAGUGGACGUUGUUGACAGGACUGGGUGUUUGUGGGUUCUUGUUGCAGUUUUUGUUGACGGCGGGGUUGUCGUAUGUUCCACCUGCGUCUGUCUCGGAUGGGAAACCUGUGGCGCAGGGUGCGCGUGCGACCUCGAUGGUUUAUAUGCAGAUGCUCUUUGCAGUGUUUUAUGAUAAGGUUGUUUGGGGAAGUACACUUAGUCCGAUUAGUUGGGUUGGAUCUGGAAUUAUUUUGGUAUGUGCAGUUUAUGUUGCUUUUGCACAUGAGAAACCUGCUGUACAUGGGAAUGGAGGUGUGAAUGGGAAUGGAGUGGUGGAGGAGUAUCAUGAUGUUGAGGGAUACAAGGAUGACGAAGAGAGGGCGGAGUCAGGGGGGAAUUGA